AGCAGCAACAUGGCCGACUGAGUCGCUGAACCAGGAAAUCCAACACAAGGUCAUCAUGGAGGACUUCGAACCGGGUCAGCUGGUCUGGUUCGAAUCGGGCCUCGGCUACAGCCUCCCCGGCGAAGUGGUCGAGUUCUCCAAACCCGCCCAGGUCGUCACGGUACAAGCGGUGGUUUCGGGAAAGCCGCAGUCGUUCACGAUUCACAAGCUGUCCAGCGUACGGCGUCGCCAAGAUCUAGGUCCAGAUGGCGUCGAAGACAUGGUGCAGCUUGGGGACCUGAGCGAAGCGGCCCUCCUGUGGAACCUCAAGAUCCGUUAUGACAAAGAAAAAAUAUAUACGUACACGGGCAGUAUCCUGGUGGCGGUCAACCCGUACAAGAUGUUCGACGUCUACGGCGUGGACGCGGUCAACAAGUACCAGGGACAGAUCCUGGGCACACUGCCUCCGCACCUUUUCGCGAUCAGCAGCGCGGCUUACUCCAAGAUGAGCAAGGACAACGAGGAUCAGGUGAUUGUGAUCAGCGGCGAGAGCGGAGCCGGUAAAACGGAGUCGACGAAGCUGGCCCUCCAGUACCUGGCGGCGGUGAACCGGAGUCCGAGUAAUCUGGUCACCGAGCAGAUCCUCGAGGCGUCGCCGCUCCUCGAAGCCUUCGGGAAUGCCAAGACAGUGCGCAACGACAACUCGUCACGCUUCGGAAAAUACCUUAGACUCUUCUUCAGGGAUGGCGUGAUCACGGGCGCCAACACGACCGACUACCUUCUGGAAAAGUCCAGGAUCGUCACACAGGCGACUGAGGAGCGCAACUACCACGUCUUCUACGAGCUCCUGGCAGGACUGUCCGAACAGGACAAGGAGAAGUACGGAUUGCAGACGGCCGAGAAGUACUUUUACCUCAACCAGGGUGGUGCCAUGGAAAUGGCAUGCAAGGACGACGCCGAAGACUUCCGGUCUCUCUUGUCGGCCAUGCAAGUUCUCGGAAUGAGCUCGGACGAACAGGACGCCAUUUUCCGAAUCCUGGCUGCCGUUCUCCAUCUGGGAAACGUAUACUUUCACAGAAAACCCCUGAAGCACGGCCAAGAAGGUGUCCAGGUGGGCAGCGAGGCGGAGGUCCGUUGGGCGUCGCAUUUGUUGCAGCUCACCGAAGACGGCAUCCUACACGCCCUUACUACCAAAACCACGGAGGCUCGAGGAGAGAAACUUACAACGCCUCUGAACAUCGACCAAGCCCUGGACGCCAGAGACGCCGUCGCCAAAGCGCUCUACGCCGGCCUCUUCUCGUGGCUCGUGUGGCGCGUAAACCAGGCAGUUUGCCUCAAGGACACCUCUAGGACGACAGCCAUAGCCAUCCUGGACAUCUUUGGCUUUGAGGACCUAAAGGAGAACAGCCUGGAGCAGCUGUGCAUCAAUUACGCCAACGAGGCCCUGCAGCAGUUCCUCAUCCGCCAAGUCUUCAAGCUGGAGCAGGCUGAGUACAGCCGCGAGAGGCUGGCCUGGCAACCGCUCACCCAUGCCGACAACCAGGGGGCGCUGCAGCUCAUCGCCAAGAGACCACUGGGCCUGCUAGCCCUGCUCGACGACGAGUCCAACUUUCCCAAGGCGACGGACGCCUCUUUUCUGGACAAGUGCCACUAUAACCACGCCUUGGACGAACUGUACGCGAGACCCCGCAUGUCUUCUCUGGAGUUCGGCGUGAAACACUACGCGGGACAGGUGUUCUACUCCGUCGAGGGCUUCCUAGACAAGAACAGAGACACGCUGCGCCCCGACGUGGUCCAGCUACUCAUCUCCUCCAAGUUGCCCAUGGUUUCCCAAAUGUUCGAGUGGCGUCGUGCAACAACUGAGGCCGGAAAAACAGCAAGCAAAGCGGAUGGCCGGUUCAUCACGAUGAAGCCCCGGGCGCCGACCGUGGCGGCCCGAUUCCACGACUCUUUACAGAGCCUGGUGGAAGUCAUGGCACAAUGCAACCCGUGGUUUGUCCGCUGCAUCAAGCCCAACAACGAGAAGGCUCCGAUGAAGUUCGACCUGGCCGUAGUGCUGGAGCAGCUUCGCUACUCCGGCAUGCUGGACACUAUUCGCAUCAGGAAGCUGGGCUAUCCGAUUCGAUUCAAGUUCGCCACCUUCUGCGACAGGUACCGCUGCCUCGUGGCUCCCGGGCGUUUGGGCCGCGGGGCGCCUGCCAAGGAGGUCUGCAAAGCUGUCCUGGAGCAAGUUAAGCCUUCUUUGGCCGAGGCCUACCAGCUGGGAACCAGCAAGGUUUUCGUGCGGGAGGCUUUGGAACAAGCACUGGAGCAGGAGCGAGUGUCCCUGCUGAGGUCUUCCAUCGUGGUACUGCAGCGUCACGUGCGAGGCUACCUGGCACGCAGGCACUACACCGCUAUGCGGUCCUCCGCUCUUCGUAUUCAGACCACGUACCGGGGCUACGCGGCCAGGCGAAAGUACCGGAUGAUACGCCGCGGAGUCAUCCGGGCACAAGCAAACUACCGCAUGUUGCGCCAAAAGCGGGAAUAUGACAAGAUCAAGGCGAUCCUGGCACGCAAGCGGGAAGCAGACCGACUCGCUCUCGAGCGUGCCAAAGAACGGAUGGUCCGCGACGAACGAGCAUCUAGGGCGGUGGCCGGUGUCAAUCAUCUGGAGAUUCCGGCCGAGCUGGCUUUCAUCCUGAGCAAACUGGACGACUGGCCCGGUUGUCCAGGCGCAGUGGCCAGAGCUCCGGCCGCAGCUGGAGCCGUGGUGGUGUCGCCGACGAUCAGCGUGCCGCGGCAGCUUCCAGGCGACGUGGAUCAGCACGCCUUCAGCAAGUUCACCAGCAUCUAUUUCAAGUCACACGUGUGGGGCAUGAAGAGGGAGCCCAUCAGGACCCCGUUCCUGGCGAAGGCGUCCGACGCGCAGCACCAGGAGUCUCUGGCACUCUUCAAACUUAUCCUGCGGUUCAUGAACGACGGCCACCUGAGCGGGCGGCGGGAGCGAGUACUUGGCGACUACGUGGUCCAACGGGGUCUUCAGGAGCGUCCGAUGCGCGACGAGCUCCUCUGCCAGCUUUGCAACCAGACCUGGCAGAACGACAACGAGGUGAACAGGCAGCGGGCCUGGCUGCUCAUGGCCAACUGCCUCAGCUGCUUCGCGCCGUCCUCCCAGCUGUACAAGUACCUGCUCAAGUACGUGUCCGACCACGGCAGCCAAGACGGCUACGCGGGGCACUGCCAGCAGCAGCUCCUGCGGUCUCACGGCCGCGAUGCUCGAGCCUACCCUCCCUGCAUGCUCGAGUGGCAGGCAAACUCCAAGAAGGCGCGCAUGGCCCUGCAGGCUUCCUUCUACGACGGAAGUGAGCCCUUGAUGGGUUCCCUUGACUCGUGGACCACGGGCGAGGAGUUCGCUGCGCCCUUGGUUCAAGCCCGGGGAGUACAGGAUCCGUUCGGCUGGACGGUGGAUCUGGAACACGGCUCCGCCUCGUACGGCCUGUGCGGCGCCGACUACGUCCUCGACUUGAUCUCGGAGACGGACGUGCCACCGGCAUUCCCGGUCUGCAAGUCCUUCUUCCUGGUGUCCCACGACAGGGACCGGGCACCGCCCGCCCCGGAGACAUCACCGCACCACCCGGGACGCGUAAACACUUUCGAGGUGGAUCCGGCGGAUACGACUCCGCCGCCACCUUUGCCACCAUUGCGGGUGUCGAGUCGGAAGGCGGUGGCCAGGCCGGGGGCGGAUGGUUCCCUGGACCGUCGAGACUCUCGGUCAGGAGGCCGGACCGCUUCAUCCCACGCGCGCUCCCGUUCCAUGGAGGACCUCCUGGACGAAGGACCUCCAGACAGCGGACUCUCCAAGCGGAGCGCCCUCAACGGCCGCUACUUCGAGCAGCGGUCGGACGUCGGUAGCGCGUCCGGUCCGUCGGCCGCUCAGCGUCACGUGGCCACCGUCCACCGCCCGGAAGAAGACGCCCGCGUACUCGACGACAUCGACGACGACGGCGGGGCGUCCUGGGGACUCUCGGCGUCAGCCCUAAAUGACCGCUACUUCUCCAGGAGCGGGGGCAGCCUCAUCCCGCCGUCCGCCUCGGAGACGGCCAGCGAGCUCAUGCUGGACUCGCCGCUGGACGGACGUCCAGGGUCGGACCGCAGCGACAGUCCAGCGGUCGACGGCCGAGCGGAUGCCACGAGGUACGUCAAGUACUCCGGAGGUGGAGCCGUGAGCGGAAGGCGACGUGGUCCUCACUCCCACACGGCGAAGGCCCAGCUGGCGGGACGUCAGGCGUCGUCCUCGGACUGCGCCCGCAGUUCGGCGUUGUCCGACACGUCGGAGGCGCCGUCGCUGGCGUCGCAUGUCCGGAACGUGAGGAUACCAUCUCACACGUCGGACUUGGACCAGUACUUGGACGACCUCUUCAAUCCGGUGCUUCUGGACGGUGGUCUCGAUGAACUGAGCGACGCGAGGUCCCUCGCGGCGUCGCUGAGGGGAACCGCUGACGAUGACGUGGCCGCUCUGGAGGACCCCGAGCUGCUCUGUAUGGCGCUGCGCGGCGACGGGCCUAUGAUGGAUGCUCAGGGCGUCGGUGGUGCCCUCUCCAUGGGCGCGGGGCUCGGACUUGGAGGUGGCUUGGUGUCUCCUCUGCUCGGUCUGUCGGCGCUCCAGAGCCCAACAGGGGCCCACAUGGCAGCCGGAAGCCCCGUCACUGGACACAACCAACAAGCCACCCAAUCUCUCUACAAUCUUCCACUCUACAACGUGUCAGGCAUGACCGUUCCCAUGGUGGAUGCGUCCCAACUCAUCCAACAGCAAGUUUUGCAACAGCACAUGAUGCAGCUUCAGCAGCGUGCUUUUCUGGCCAACGCGGUUCAGCAGAACCUUCAAAUUCAGCAGCAACUGAUGCAGCAAAGCGCUGCCUUGCAGCAACUUCUGCAGCACUCUGUGGUCCCUCCAACUUCUCCGCCUCCACCGACGACGUCGGGGCCAUCGGGCGGCCCGCUGCUGGCCGGCACCCCGGUGGCGGAGGCCCCGCACCUGUUGGCGUCCCCACUGUCAGGCCUCACGCCCCUGUCUUUGUCCAUCCCGAUGCUCGAGACACCGCAGCACCGGGUGGUGGCCGCCACUUCGGGCCACCCGCCUCCGCCACCCCCUCCGCCUCCGCCACCACCCCCGCUGUCGCCGACUGCCAUGGCCAAGUAUCAUGAUGUGUACGGGAGGGCCAAGACGGUUCGCAUCGGCAAGUGGCGCUGGCCUCCGCCGCGCGACGAGUCCGGCAACUGUCUUCCCGGUCAGCCCACGUCCUUCCUGGAGUUCAAACGGCUCAAGCGCCAGGAGCGCGAAGCCCGUCGCGCUGCGGGUCUCCAGGACGACUCGAGCAGCGACGACCUCGAAGAGCUCGACGACGAGGAGGACCUGGUGGACUUUCCUGAGAUCCAGGACAUGAUACCGGACUCCCAGAGACCGGACACUGGCUCGCCCAAGUCCGACUCUGUGCGCACCCGCGGGGACGCCGAGGAAGAACCGAUCCGGGCCUUUGAAGGCGAGACGCGGCCGGGCAGCGUGGGCAAGCUGCGCAUCAGCUCGGAGAUGAAGGCCAAGCUGGAGCAACUCACCAUGGACCACAGCGUACGGUCGAGGACCUCCAGCAGAAGACAGGAGGAACCGCCACCGUCCUUGGCGUCUGGCCCCGGUGGAGCCUGCAGCAGCCGAGUUACAUCUUUCGGUUUUAGGUCACCUUCGACGUAA